CGAUCUUUCCUCGACAUCGACGAGGUCGAGAGGUUCGCGCGCGAUCGCGGCAUCAAGAAGAGCUCGCUCAGGCUGUGCUACCGCGAGCUCUUCAGACGCGGUAAAUCCACGUUCGAGAACGCCCCGGACGUGUCCGCGCGCGACAUGAAGCUGCUGAGAGAUAACUUCACGGUGUGCACCAGCGAGGUGGUGGAGACCAAGACGACGGAGGACGGGAGCGGCGCGAAGAUGGUCGUCAGGCUCCACGACGGUAAACUCGUCGAGACCGUCGUCAUCGGGCACUCGCGCUCCGUGGACGACGGCGACGGCGACGAAACGCGCGGCGACGGCGAGGACGCCGACGUGUCGGAUGGGGCGAAGAAUAGGGUCUUCAGGAACACCGUGUGCGUGUCGUCGCAGGUUGGAUGCGCGAUGGGAUGCACGUUUUGCGAGACGGGCACCCUGGGCCUUAUGGCCAACCUCACCGCGGGCGAGAUAUGCGAGCAGGUUUGGCACGCGCGCAACCUCUGCGGAUCGACCGGCGUGCGCAACGUGGUGAUGAUGGGGAUGGGCGAGCCGCUGGACAACUACGAGGAGGUGCUCAUCGCGCUGAGGGCGAUGACGCACCAGGCCGUCUUCGACAUGCGCCAGCGAUCGGUGACGGUGUCGACGGUUGGAGUCCCGGCUUCGAUUCGGAGACUGGCCGACGACGCGCCGAACGUCGGCUUGGCGCUGUCUCUGCACGCCCCCACGCAGGAUCUUCGCGCGACGCUCCUGCCCUCCGCGGCGGGAACCUCGCACACGCUGGGACGGCUCACGGAGUCGCUGAGGUACCACAGGCAAAAAUCGGGGCGGGGCGCGAUGAUCGAGUACAUCGUCAUCGACGGCGUGAACGACUCCCCGACGCACGCGCGCGAGCUGGGCGAGCUCAGCGGGUAUUUCGUGAACCUCAUACCUUACAACCCCACGGACGUCGGAGGUACGCACGGGUACCGUUCACCCGCGGACGACGCCCUGGAGCGAAUGGCGUCGAUCCUCGGCGACGAGUUCGGGGUCAAGGCGAAAGUGCGGUGGAGCACGAGGCGGGGGCGCGAGGUGGACGGCGCGUGCGGGCAGCUCGCUCUGA